AUGGAGCAGGAAGUGGAAGAAACGAAAAACGCAGUGAGAAUAUUCAUCGGAGGAUUGGGGGAGGCAGUGAGCGCCGAAGACCUUCGAAGCUUAUUCUCAUCUCUUGGUAGCGUCCAAGCCGUCCAAACCAUCCGAACCAAAGGUCGCAGCUUCGCCUACCUCGACUUCCUCUCCGACCCUAAAUCCCUUUCCAAGCUCUUCAGCAAGGCAAGAUAUAAUGGGUGCCUGUGGAAGGGUGGAAGAUUGAGACUGGAAAAGGCCAAAGAAGAUUAUCUCAUGCAGUUGAAUAGAGAAUGGGAGCAAGUCGCUCUUGAUGAAGCUACUCAACCAGCCCCCGCUUCUCCUAAGCAAAUGCCCUACACCGCCACAAUCCCUUCCAAGUCAAAUACCAAACACCUCAAUAUUUUCUUUCCCAGAUUGAGAAAGGUGAAAUCCAUACCAUUCAGUGGAACUGGCAAACACAAAUAUAGUUUUCAGAAUAUUAAAGUUUCUCAACUCCCUGUGCAUUUUUGUGAUUGUGAGGAGCAUUGUAGUCCUCUUGUCAUUAGAAGAGAUAAGCUAUCCAUUGAUAGGGGGGCAGCCGAAAGUGGUGGAAUGAAUGAUGAAGAGAUUAGCAUAAUGAAUGCUGUGAUGAACAAGCUAAUUCAAAAAGAAAAGAAUUUCUGUGCUGAAAACCUUGGAAAGGAUAAGUAUUCUUAUGAAACACCUAAUGCUUUACAAUCUGAUGAGCGUGAAGAUAGUGCAACAGAUGAAGAUGAUCUCAUUAUUAACAUUGAGACGAAGAAAAAGAAAACAGCUUUAAUAGGGAACCAGGAACUUGAGAGAAUCCUGGAAAAUCAGGAAUCAUGGUUGAAUAAAAGAAAAAUUGCUAAGGAAGAACCCGACAAGAAUAUGCCUCAAGUGGAAAAAGGUAAUAAUAUCAAUCCCAACAAGAAAAAGAAGAUAAAAUCACUUCCCAAAUUGGAAAUGGAAAGCAAUGCGGAAGUAUCAACAACGCCUGGAGGCAAGGGUAACAUGCAGACCCUUCCAAAUAAGGUGGGAUCUGGUGCACAGCCUACUGAGCCAGAACACGGUUUUGAGGAAUUAAGUUUCAUGGUCUCAGAAGUCUUCAUGGAAAGAACUUGUUGGUUCCGGAGGCAAUACUUCUUUCAGUGCUUCUCUCAUAUUGCCGAAAUUGGACUCUAG